CAGGCGAUCAAGUGGAAAAGACGUGCCGGAUGCAAGCUGACCCUGGAAUCGCUGCUCACGCCUAACGAAAGUGUUCGGUUUCCGCUGGUUCGCGGUGGAAAGCCCUGGGAGCGCGGACUGGACAAGCGGGCAGCGCCCCGAGAACCCCCUCACGCUCUCUCGUAAGCUCUCAAAUCCAGCACAAUCCUCUUUCCGAGGUUAAUGGUUUGUUUACAUUUUAACAUUGAGAACCUGUCCAGCAAGAGUCUCCCAGAGGAGGUUAUUUUUUCAGGAUUUAUGGCGGCUUCCUAUCAACAUACUGUACUUGAGACACUGACUGAUCCUACGGACAUCUGGGAAAUAAUAGAGACAAUUGGAAAAGGAACCUUUGGAAAAGUUUACAAAGUGUCUAAUAAGCUAGAUGGUAGCCAAGCGGCAGUCAAAGUACUGGACCCAAUCAGCGUUGUUGAUGAGGAAAUUGAAGCAGAAUACAGCAUCCUGCAGUCACUUACAAGUCAUCCUAAUGUUGUUAAGUUCUAUGGGAUGUUCUAUAAAACUGAUCUGAAAUCUGGUGGACAUCUCUGGUUGGUUCUAGAGCUGUGCAAUGGUGGUUCUGUCACUGAACUUGUCACUAAUCUGCUCAAGCAUGGUCAAUGCAUGGAUGAAGCACUAAUCUCAUACAUUUUGUAUGGGGCACUUUUGGGCCUUCAGCAUUUACACAACAACAGGAUUAUUCAUCGUGAUGUCAAGGGCAACAACAUACUCUUGACAAUAGAAGGAGGAAUCAAGCUGGCUGAUUUUGGUGUUUCAGCUAAGCUUACAAAUGCAAGAUUACGUCGAAACACUUCUGUGGGUACACCCUUUUGGAUGGCACCUGAGGUCAUUGCUUGUGAACAACAAUUUGACUACUCGUAUGAUACCCGAUGCGACAUCUGGUCUUUAGGCAUCACAGCAAUUGAACUCGGUGAUGGCGAGCCACCUUUGUCUGAUCUGCAUCCUGUGAAAGCACUCUUUAAGAUUCCAAGAAAUCCACCGCCUACUUUAUUGCACCCAGAAAAAUGGUGUAAAGGAUUCAACAACUUCAUUUCACAAUGCCUGAUUAAAGAUUUCGAAGAGCGUCCUUCAGUUGAAUAUUUAUUGGACCACCCAUUUAUAAAGCCAGCUCAUAGAAAAGGUGUAAAGCUACAGCAGCAGCUAGCUAAUCUGAUCAAAGUACAGCAAGAAGAAUGUUCGGCGAAAACUAGGCAAGAGCACACCUGUAACAGAAGAAAUCAUCACAUGAGGGCCUCAGAGAGCAGUGGUCAGAACAUGUCUGAUGACUUAGUAACCCUUGAAUUCCUUGAUGAGGAAACCAUCAUCAAUUGCCUACAGAAAAGGUAUUCAGAGUUACUGAUAUACACCUAUGUUGGAGACAUCUUAAUUGCUUUGAACCCUUUCCAGGAUCUAUCUAUAUACACUCCAGAGUUUUCAAAGGUUUAUCACGGAGUCAGGCGUUGUUCAAAUCCACCACAUAUCUUUGCCACUGCAGAUGCUGCUUACCAAGGAAUGGUGACGUUUAACAAAGACCAGUGUAUUAUCAUAAGUGGAGAAAGUGGUGCUGGGAAGACAGAGAGUGCACAUUUGAUUGUUCAGCACUUAACUUAUCUGGGAAAGGCAAAUAACCGUGUUCUGAGAGAGAAAAUCCUUCAGGUUAAUCCACUUGUGGAAGCUUUUGGAAAUGCAUGCACAAUGAUCAAUGAUAAUUCCAGUCGAUUUGGGAAAUACCUAGAAAUGAAAUUUACUCCCACGGGUGCUGUGAUGGGAGCGAAAAUCUCUGAAUAUCUCUUAGAAAAAUCCAGAGUUAUUCAACAGCCAGUGAGUGAGAAAAAUUUUCAUAUUUUUUAUUAUAUCUAUGCUGGUCUCUUUCAUCAGAAGAAGUUAGCAGAAUAUCGACUUGUUGAAAAUAAAUCUCCUAGGUAUAUUGACAAUGACACAAGCAAGAACAUGCAAGAUAUUUUAACCAACAGCUUGUACAGGGAAUGUUUUGAAGCAAUUCAACAUUGUUUCAGAAUCAUUGGAUUUACUGAUGAGGAGGUUCAUUCUGUGUACAGAGUGCUUGCUGCAAUCCUAAAUACUGGAAACAUUGAAUUUGCAUCCAGAGCCUCGAAACAUCAGAUGGAUAAAAGUGAAAUUCCUGAUGCCAAGCCAUUAGAAAACACUGCAGCUCUACUUGGUAUUGGGCCUGAAGAGUUUCAAGAAGCACUUACUUCUCAUUGUGUUGUGACCCGUGGGGAAACAAUAGUUCGCACAAAUACUGUGGAUGAGGCAUCUGACGUCAGAGAUGCCAUGUCAAAGGCCUUAUACGGGAGGCUCUUCAGCUGGAUUGUAAACCGCAUUAAUACCCUUCUUCAACCUGACAAAAGUGUAUGCGAUUCUGAAAGUGGGAUGAAUGUGGGGAUUCUGGACAUCUUUGGAUUUGAGAACUUCAGGAAGAAUUCCUUUGAGCAACUGUGUAUCAAUAUUGCCAAUGAACAAAUCCAAUUUUACUUCAACCAACACAUCUUCGCUCUUGAACAGACUGAAUACCAAAAUGAGGGAAUUGGUGCUGUAAAAGUGGAAUACCAAGAUAAUCGACCAAUUCUGGACAUGUUUCUUCAGAAACCAAUGGGUUUAUUGUCUUUGCUUGAUGAAGAAAGCCGAUUUCCAAAAGCAUCUGAUCAAACACUAAUUGGUCUCACCAUUGUAGAGGAGGCUGCAGCAGGAGCACCGGAUACAGCAGGCGACCCCAACAGAUUCACAGAUAAGUUUGAAGACAACCUACGGACAAAUUAUUUUUGGAGACCAAAAGGCAUGGAAUUGUGUUUUGGUGUUGAACAUUAUGCUGGCAAGGUUCUCUAUGAUGCAUGUGGUUUCCUUGAAAAAAAUAGAGACACACUUCCUGCAGAUAUAGUAGUUGUGCUCAGGACAUCAGAAAAUAAAUUGCUUCAACAACUCUUUUCUGGUCCACUAACUAAAACAGGUAACUUAGCGCAGUCAAGAGCAAGAAUAAGUGCAGCAUCUAAAUCAUUACCUCCACAACUACAUGCAAGCCGGAACAAGUCUCCUAAGUACUUACUGAAGGUCGAUACAAUGGAACUUAUGAGACAUCCCGAGGAAACAACAAACAUGAAAAGACAAACCGUGGCUUCUUAUUUUAGGUAUUCAUUGAUGGAUCUCCUGUCAAAGAUGGUGGUUGGACAGCCUCAUUUUGUCCGUUGCAUCAAACCCAAUGACGAUAGACAAGCAGGAAAAUUCUUCGAAGAAAGAGUAUUGCUUCAACUGCGAUACACAGGCAUCUUGGAAACAAUACACAUUCGUGCACAAGGCUAUUCUCAUCGUAUCCACUUUGAAGACUUUGUUGAAAGAUAUUACUACCUUGCCUUUAGGGCACAUCAGACACCUCCUGCUGAUCGUGCAAGCUGCAUUGCUAUCCUACAGAAAGCAAGGCUAGACAAGUGGGUUCUUGGAAAAACCAAGGUAUUCCUCAAGUAUUAUCAAGUAGAACAGUUAAAUUUGCUGCUCAGAGAAGUCAUUGCCAGUAUUGUGGUUAUUCAAGCCCACAUCAAAGGCUGGCUAGGAGCCAAGAGAUACAAGCGAGCCCAAGCACAAAAACAAAACAGUGCCAUCAUCAUCCAGUCAGCCUGGAGAGCAUAUGUUGCACAUAAAAUCUACAAGCAAUUGAAGACACAAAGAGAAGCAGCAAUUUGCAUCCAAGCAGGUGCUAGGGGAUAUCUGGCUCGCAAAGAAUAUAAAACAAUGACCGGUAUUUUAGCAAGAGGACAAGAGUUCCAGAGCACAAGUCACAUCAGUUAUUUUGAAUCUCAAGAAGAAGGCAUUAAAGUCCAGAGUGUGAAAGAUGAAAAGGCUUCUGAUGAAGUAACUAAUCAUCAAUCAGCAAGUAAACUACAGCCUGUGUCACAUCCAGUUAUGAAAGGAUCAGGCAAGGAGACAGAACAAAGACAGUUAAGAACACCACGUCGACGAAUGCAGCAGCCCAAAAUGCUGAACAGCCCUGAGGACAGCCUGUAUUAUAACCAGUUAAAUGGAAUCCUAGAAUACCAAGGGAGCAAAAGAAGGCCAAGAAAACUUGGCCAAAUCAAAGUGCUGGACAUUGAGGAUGAGUAUUACAAAUCACUAUCAGCUGUUGAACCUGUCCCUGAGGAAAAUGAUUCAUUAAACUCUCCUCUUCCUAUUCCGAGAGGUUCAGGAUUUACUCAUAGCUAAAAGAAGACAUUAUAGGUUGAUUUGGACUCUUGCUUGAAGACAAGUGCUUUCUGUAUUAAAUGCUUCAAAGAGCUUAAACAAUGGAUAUAUAAUUAGUAUAUUAAUUAAUGUGUAACCUAGAGAUUUAUGUCAAAAUGAAAUGCUUUCAUGCAAGAAUUAAUAAAGCAUUAAGGGGAGUUUGUUGUUAACAUUGGUUGUAUCAGACACAGUGAUAUGUAAAUAUCUAAAUGUUCACCUCUGUUUUUGAAUAAAACUGAACCGUAUUUAGAAACCACUAUAACACCAAAUACUGUUAAAUGAUUUUCAAAUGCAUUGCCAAUUGUAUUCCUAUGUUAAUCAAAAACGAGUAAUUUAUUUUUAAAAACAUUUGUUUUAAUUGAGUUAAAAACUUUGCACAAUGAAACGUAUUUUGACCACAAAUAUUCUACUCCAUAAUAAAUUGAAAUGUAGCUUGGUUUACUCACCAGGUGAAUGAUAUGCUCUUAAUUAGCACAUCUAUGUGAUGUAAAACAUUGUUGGAUGUCUCAGAAAAUUUGGCAAUGAACCCAAAGUAUUCUAUAAUUUUCAAAUGAAUAUGUAUUUGGGGCCCUUUAAUGGUUUGAAAGUCAUUCAGACUAAUCAAUAUUCAAGUAAAAGUAUCAAGCUAAAUAAAAUGAUAUAGAGAAUGACAUCUUGUUUUCUAUUCAUUGGAAUUUUAUGUUACCUAGAUGUCAAUAGCAACACAUUUG